AUGGAAAAUUCUGCCCAAAAUAUGACAGACAAUACCCUUUCUCAUGAGAAUAUUUUAAAAGUAGCAGAUGCAUUAGCAACAGAUGCUGCAUCAGAGACUGCUAAUCGAAGUUCGGAAAUGAUGUUGGAAAGAGAUCAGUUACGAACUCUUGAGGAUAAAAGCACUAUAUUGAAAAGCAUCCAUCAAGAGGAUGGCCAUUCGAGGUACUUGAUCAAGAACAAUAUCACAUCUAAGAAUAAUCAAGAUGAAAGCAGUCUAUGUGAAUCUGCACUAGAAGAUAACUGCACACCAGUUAGUAAGCUAGAAGAAAAUUAUUCAUCAAGGACUACAAAAGAGCUCAACGAUAAUAGUCCAUCAGAAAUUCUGAAAAAAGAAUUUAAAUCACCAGGAAAUAUCUCGAAUGAUAAAAUUACAUCUAAUAUCAUGCCAAUUCAUGAAGACCUAUCAGGUACCAUGGGGAAAGAUGCUACAUCAGGAACUGACACACAAGAUAAUGGCGGAUCAGAGGCCAUUAUGGAAAAACUUGCAAAGGAUCAAAAAGACAGUCAAUGCCUCCAAGACGGUAAAGUAAAACUGUUGAAGAAAACAUUUACUCAAGAUAUAAUUGCAUGUUCCGUUGUGUCAGAAGAUGACACUUUAAUUCGAGAAGAAAAGGAUCCAGAAGGAAACCCUAAGGACACACUGGAUACCAAAAUAGCUAACUUGGAAACGGAAUUAAAGCAGGUAAAUGAUUAUUACGAGAAGUUGUCAAAAAAGGUGAACAUCGCGAAGUCCAAAUAUGAGAAGGAAAGGGAAGACUGUGAAGACAUUACAAACGUAGCAAAAAGAAAUGUUGAAAACCAAGUAUCCAAAAUUUUAGAUUUGCUGCGAAAAAAAAGAGAACUGAAUCAUAAAAUAGAUAAUCAGGAAGAAAAGAACAAAAAAGAAGAAGAAGAAACAAGAACUAGGUUGUUUCUCGAAGAAGAAAAAUUAAGAAGAAAUGUGGUUAUAUUACAAAAUGAAAAAUUUGAAAGGGAUCAGCUAUUAAAGAAGAUACAGGUGCUUGAAGAAGAACUCGCUUCUAAAGAAAGACAAUUUGAUGAAGCUCUAAAACAAAAGCGUGAAGAAAUUCUCUACAAGUAUGAAAGCCUUCUUUCAGCACUCAGCCAACACACAGAGGUAGUGUCUGAACAUGCCGUUCAGCUUUCCCAAGCACAGCAAAUCGCAGCUCUAAAAGAUAGACAGCAGUUAAUACUCGACACACAAUCCAAGUAUAAAGCAUCUUCUCGCCUGAUGUUACGAAUACUCGAUCAAAAUAAGCAAAUGAAAAUGCGAGCAAAGAAUAUGAAACUGGAUCUGGAUGUCAUUUCUUCACUGGCUGAGAUUCUGGCUGCCAAAUCUGAAAAGACGAAAAAAAAAUUGAUUUCUUCACUUGAAUUCUGUAAGAAGAGAAACGAACAAAAAGCGCAAUUGGACCAUAAAGACGAUAUGAAUGAAAAAAGACAGGAAUUAGAAAAAUUAAGAAAUAGAUAUUUUCGAGCCAAAGAUUAUGCAAGAGAACUAGAAGAAGUUCUGGCGGAUCAGGAGAAUUAUAAAAUGUUACUUCAAGAAGAAAAAGAAAAACGAAAUACUUUGCAAGAAAAAUUUUCAUGUAUUGCAAACGCAGCUGAAUUUGUAGCAAAGCAAAAGAGCUUGGAAUUCAUCGGUUUAGAGGAUCCCAAAGAGCGUAGUGACUUCUUUCAAGACUUGUCAGCAAUUUUGCUUGAAGAAGAUGACGAAAAUCAUGAUCAGUUUUUAAAAGAAAGUUUUGCAGUUAAUAAGGACCAUAAGCACGACGACGUGUUUUUUUACAAAAAAGGAUGUCUAGGGUUGGUUGACAAAGUUCGUCCUUUAAGUUCGAUGAGAAGUAGGAAAGAUUCUUUGUACCCGGGAAAAACAAAAGCUAAAGAUUUAACAGCAAGAAAAAUGGAUCUAAUCGAAAAGAAAAUACUAAGUGAUGUGGGACUUCUGGGAAAAUAUGGAUCAAAAAAGAAUAUUCCAAGAUCUUAG